UUCAGAGCAUAUUCAAUGAUAAGGCUUCUUAUCUGUCCUCAUUAUGCACCCUUACCCCCCGUAGUGUCUGUACAGAGGAGCAGGCGGAAAGGAUGCUGAAGUAACGCGGGAUGCAGUGGAGUGAAAACACCGUGGGAGGAAGGCUCAGAGUGAACCAGCCGGGGGUGAAACACGAAUGGCUUCUCCACAGCUGCCUCCAGGAGAUAAGGAAGGCACACAGCCAGAUCAACCCGACGCCCUUGACCGGGCUUCAGCUGCGCUACAUGCCCGCAAAUCGGGCGCAUCAACAGGAGGAGCAGCCCCGGGGGAGGGCUACUGUAACCCGGCCCGCAGCUGCCAUGACCGGUGUCAUACAGCACCAAGGACGGCGCCGCGCAAAGGAGGCGCGGAGGUUAAACUCGGUCAGCUCAGCGAGGAGAAAGUCCGAGUUUGUUGUGACGAGGAAUUAGAGACAUCCUUCACCUACAUAGAUGAGAAUGUUAACUUAAGACUGGCCAGUCCGGAGACUAGUUGUAAAAGUACUCACAGGCCUGUGCGCAACGGGGAGCCUUGUUCGGAGACUUUACCAGAGUUUUCCUUCAUGUCCGAGGAUGAUCUCUCCUUCGGGGAGGGCUCCGGGUCUUCAAUAGACUACGGCUUUAUCAGUGCAGUCACGUUCUUAGUCACAGGGAUCUCCUUGGUGAUCAUCUCCUACGCCGUGCCUCGGGAUGUGGAGGUGGAUCGUGACAGCGUGUCAGCGAGGGAGAUGGAGAGGUUGGAGAUGGAGAGCGCACGGAUUGGUGCCCACCUGGAUCGGUGCGUCAUAGCGGGACUGUGCCUGCUCACUCUGGGCGGCGUGGUUCUCUCCACGCUGCUGAUGAUCUCCAUGUGGAAAGGGGAGAUGUACAGGAGAAAGGUGAUCGCUUAUACCAAGCGAUCAGCCAAACAGUACGGCUCCAUCAGCCUGAAGACUAGAUCCAGUCCCAGCCACUCCUCUGCGCAUAAUUUAUCUCUGGAGGAGGAAAUUGAGGAAACUUUGGCUUAAAAUGCUGCUUUAGAUUUGAAACUUUUUUAUUAUUACUGAGGGAUUAAU